UUCAGACAAAGCAUACGAGAGGAGUGAUCAGUUUCACCAAAAAAGUUCUGAUUAUUUAGAUUAGAUCAUUGCAAUCUUUCUCAGGUUAUUUGUUUUGUUUCUCUUCAUGUCUUCUUCUUCAUCGUCUUGUGAUUGGGUAUACGACGUCUUCCCGAGCUUCAGAGGAAAAGAUGUCCGUAAGUCAUUCCUCAGCCAUUUUCUCAAGGAGUUGGAUCGAAAACUCAUCAGUGCUUUCAAAGACAAGAAGAUCGAGACAAGUGAAUCACUUGAUCCCGUCCUUAAGCAAGCCAUUAAAAAAUCAAGGAUUGCGAUCGUCAUCUUCUCCCAAAAAUACGCUUCUUCUAGCUGGUGCCUUAACGAGUUGCUGGAGAUAGUGAAAUGCCAAGAAGAGUUAAGUCAAAUAGUUAUACCCGUUUUCUACGAGGUUGAUCCUUGUCAUGUCAGACAUCAGACUAAAGAGUUUGGAGAGGUCUUUAAGAAGACAUGCCUGAGAAAAACAGAGGACGAGAUACAACUAUGGAAGAAAGCUUUGACCGAUGUUGCAAAUCUUGUCGGAUAUCAUUCUCAAAACUGGGAAAACGAAGCAACAAUGAUUGAAGUAAUAGCCAAUGAUGUUUUGGGUAAAUUGAAUUUAAAUCCGACUAAGGAUUUCGAGGACUUUGUCGGGAUCGAAGAUCAUAUGGAAAAGAUGAGUUCACUUUUGUGCUUGGAAUCCAAGGAAGUGAAGAUGAUUGGGAUAUGGGGUCCUUCCGGAAUUGGCAAGAGUAUUAUUGCAAGAGCACUAGAAUCUCGACUCUCUCGUCACUUCCAUGGUAAAGUUUUCAUAGACAUGCGUUUCAUAUCCAAGAGUAAGGAAUGUUAUCUCAAAGGUAACUCAGAUGAUAUUAACAUGAAGCUGCACUUGCAAGAAAACUUCCUUUCUAAGAUAUUAGAUAAGGAAGGGGUAAAAGUAGAUACCUUAAAUGCCGUGAGAGAGAAGCUAAAGCGCCAAAAAGUUCUUAUAUUUAUCGAUGAUUUGGAUGAUCCGGUGGUGUUAGAUGCGUUGGCUGGUGGAGACGAAUGUUUUGGUCCUGGGAGUAGGAUAAUUGCAAUUACAAAAGAUAUGCAGAUACUAAGGGCCCAUCGGAUUACAUGUGUUUACAAGGUUGAAACCCCAUCUAAAGAAAUAGCGCUUCAGAUGUUAUGUCGAUCUGCUUUCAGACAAGAUUCUCCGCCUGAUGGGUUCAUGGAGGUUGCGUCUGAAGUUGCAAUGCGUCUAGGUGGUCUUCCUUUGGGACUUAACAUUAUAGGUUCGGCCUUGAGGGAAAGGGACAAAACUCAUUGGGUAAAUAUGUUGCCAGCUCUUCGGAAAGGUCUAGACGGAAGAAUUGACGAAGCACUAAGCUUCAGCUACAAAUCAUUAGAAAGAAAAGAAUAUAAAGCAUUGUUUCGUCACCUCGCGUGUCUUUUUAACGGUGAUGAAGUCAGUUACAUCAAGUUGAUGCUUGCAGAUAGUGAGUUGAAUGUUGACAUGGGUCUUGAAGUUUUAGUUGAUAAGUCCCUCAUACGUGUGGUACCAUUUUGGAAUAAUACGAACAUCGUGGAGAUGCACUGUUUAGUACAAGAAAUGGGUAAAGAAAUUGUUCGUGGACAAUCUGACAAGCCUGGAGAACGAGAAUUUCUAAUGGAUUCAAAGGAUGUUUGCAAUGUUCUUAAAGAUCGUACCGGUACUGAAAAGCUUAUAGGUAUAUCAAUGGACUUAGAUGAAAUUGAUAAGGUGAAGAUACAUGAGAAGGCUUUUAAAAGGAUGAGUAAUCUCCGUUUUCUAAAAUUCUAUAAAAGGUCAUUGCAACCGAAGAAAGAAGUUAGAUGGCAAACACCCAAAACACUCAAUGAUUUUCCGGAUGAACUCAAGUUACUAAGUUGGCCAGGAUAUCCUAUGGAAUGCAUGCCUUCUAAAUUUUGUCCUGAAUAUUUGGUUGAACUCAGUAUGCCUAACAGCAAGCUUAAAAAGCUAUGGAAAGAAGUUGAGGAGCUUACAUACCUGAAGGAUAUGGAUUUGUCAGGAUCUAAAAGCCUGAAAAAGAUUCCAGAUCUUUCAACGGCGACCAAUCUUGAGACAUUGAAUCUUCAUGGUUGUUCAAGCUUGGUGGAGCUUCCCUCUUCUAUUCAAAGUCUCAAUAAACUGACGGAUUUGAACAUGUCUGGAUGCACAAAUCUGGAGACACUUCCAAAUGGAGCCAACCUGAAAUCUCUAGUUCGCCUCGUUCUCAAUGGUUGCUCACAGUUGAAGGUUUUCCCUGAUAUUUCGAGUAAAAUAGAAUCCAUCAUUGCAAACAAGACAGCUUUUGAAAUUUUCCCUUCUAAAUUGCGUCUUGAGAAUCUUGUUGAACUUCGCAUGGAGCACAGCAUGAGUCAAAGGUUAUGGGAGGGAGUUCAGCCUCUUACAAGCCUCACAAAGAUAAUGUUGUCCGGAUCACAAAACCUGAAAGAAAUCCCAGAUCUUUCACUGGCAACAAGUCUAGAGACACUAAAUCUCAAUGGUUGCUCUAGUUUGGUGGAGCUAACUUGUUCAUUCAUUCAGAAUCUUAAUAAACUAACCACCUUGGAAAUGACAGGAUGCUCAAGUCUAGAGACUCUACCAACUGGCAUCAACUUGAAAUCUCUCUACCGCCUCAACCUCAAUGAAUGCUCGCAGUUGAAGAGUUUCCCUGAUAUCUCAGAUAACAUCUCCACCCUCUAUCUAAACCAAACGGCGAUAGAAGAAGUUCCUCGAUGGAUCGAAAACUUCUCCAAACUUGAAUCCUUGGAAAUGUGGAAAUGCAAAAAUCUAGCGACUCUUCCAACUGGCAUCAACCUAAAAUCUCUCUAUCGUCUCAAUCUCAGUGGAUGUCCACGGCUGAAAAGUUUUCCAGAUAUCUCAAGCAAUAUCUCCAAUCUUUAUCUUAACCAAACAGCGAUUGAAGAAGUCCCUCCAUGGAUAAAUAACUUUUCUAGCCUUGAAGCCCUGGAAAUGUGGGAAUGCAGACAGCUAAGAUGCAUCUCACCAAACAUCUUCAAACUUGAAAAUCUUGGCGAGAUUUUCUUCUCGGACUGCGAGCAAUUGUCUGAAGUUAGCUUUCUAGACUUUCCACUGGAGGAAGCAGAAGACACCAGUAAUACUUGCACUAAGUUGUCAUUGAUAAGUUUCACCAACUGCAUAAAUUUGAAUCAAGAAAACUUCAUUCAACAAUCAGCUUCCAAGUAUCUGAUCUUACCAGGUGUUGAAGUGCCCCCUUACUUUACGCACAGAUCUGCUGGGAGCAUCUUUAACAUCCCUCUACAUCAUUCUUCUCUUUCUCAACAACCAGUCUUCAACUUCAAGGCUUGUGUCGUGGUUUCUGAUGUCGAUGCGGUUACUGAAGGAACAGAAACCGCCGACCAUCAUCUUUGCUUUAUAGACAUUGAGGUAAAUUGCCGGUUUAAAGACAGCCACGGGAACUACUCUGGGUCAACAGAGUCAAUAGAUUUCUCCUUACCUCAAGAGUAUGAUCAUCUGAUUAUAUUUGACUGUCCUUUCCGUCAAAACCAAGACAGUGGUGAAUCGAAUUGCGAACAAGUUGAGAUAGAGUUUAGUCUUGUUAGUACAGGGCUCAGACUAAUAGGAUGUGGUUUAAAACGCCAAUGACUGCAUGUACCAUCUUCUUGUUAGUAUCUAUUGGCCACUGUAACGUUUUUCAUA